AUGAAGCGUAUAUCCUUUCUUCGCGCCAAACCUCUACAGCUCUCGCGUUCACUAUCUACUACACCAUCCAUUCCCCAACACGAACUUGUGAACGAGGAGCUCAGUCCUGGCUACAGUCCCAAACACUUUUACCCUGCGAAGCCCGGGGAGGUUCUUGCUGAUCAUUAUCAAUUGCUGGUUAAGAUCGGAUGGGGGGGCGGUUCAACUGUGUGGCUUGCCCGAGAUGUCGCAAGGCAUGUUUUGACUUUCAUAUGUAACUACGGCCACGCCCUCAAAAUCCUCAACAACGACAAUCCCAGGGGCGCCUACCAUGAGCGUCGUAUUGAAGAACACAUCGCUCAGCAGACUCCCUCACACCGCGGUCGUCCGGUUAUCCGCAGUUACCUUGAAAGCUUUGAAUUGGCAGGUCCCAUCGGCAAACAUCUCUGUCUAGCCUACGAGCCAGCACGGGAGCCCCUCUGGUUAUACCAAAGACGGUUUGAAGGCGACAGGUUCACCCUGCCGAUGUGUGCAGGGUUGUCCAUACUGGCAAACCUGAAACUCGACAACAUCCUCAUACCCUUCGAAAAUGAUGAUAUCCUCCCGAGAUUCAUCAAGGAACAAGAAGAAGCUCAGUCGAUGCAAUGCAAGACAGAUCCGGAAACCGGCCGCGUCAUCUACCGCUGUCACAACAACUUCGGACCUCUUGACCCGAGUGGACUAGGCAACAUAUACCCUCAAAUAACGGAUUUCAGCGCCGCUGCUCUACUCGGCAACGGUGGAGAUGAUGGCGCCGUCAAACUAGGUACUCGUCCUAUACAACCUGAUUAUUAUCGCGCACCUGAAGUCGUUCUCGGCUGUGGUUGGAGCUACAGCGCAGAUAUAUGGAAUCUGGGAGUUAUGUCGAAUAGUACUCACAUUCUGCAACAACAGAUAUGGGAUAUACUUGAAGGCACAGAGUUGUACACCCAAGUACAAGAUACGGAGGGAAACUACCUUCCCAGAUCACAUCUAGCGCGGAUGAUAGCCCUGCUUGGGCCCUCGCCUAAGAAAUUGCUUGUGAUGUCAGAAUCCAUGGCACAGGUUGAGUGGUCUCCAGCUAUCACAGAUGAAAGGGGUAAAGUCUACAAGAAUAAUAGGGAAUACUUUGGUGGGCCUUUCUUUGAUAAAGAUGGUAUUGACACCCAUUCCCCUUUUCCCGGCAUUAUGCAUGUAUCCUCCGACCCUAAUUCAUAUUACGGCAGGCAACUUCCUCUACAACGAUUUAGUACCCGCCCGGAAACUGGAAGAUGCAGUCCCAUCUCCAGAAACGAGCGACAGGGAAGCUUUCCUAUCUUUCAUCAAACAGAUGCUCACAUGGUUGCCUGA